GGGACGAAUCCCGCUCUCCCUUCCAUUUCACCCUCCAGAUUUGAGAGGCACAAAAAGAGGCGCAGAUCUAAGUUCUUACAGUAACAAAAACAGGGGAAGGCGAAUCCAGAGCAAGAAGUGAAGGACGAUAAGUCCCGGGGAUUCUCAGUCACCGUCUCCGUCUCCUCGCUGAUUCAAAAUGUCCGGUCGCCACGAGAAAGAGAAAGGCGUCAAUGUCCAAGUGCUCCUCCGUUGCAGGCCUUUUAGUGAGGAGGAGUUGAGGAACAAUGCGCCGCAGGUUGUGACUUGCAGUGAGUAUCAAAGAGAAGUUUCCGUUUCGCAGAAUAUUGCCGGAAAGCAUUUUGAUAGGGUUUUCACUUUUGACAAGGUUGUGAUUUUGGGUUUUAUGGGGUCAUGGACAGACUCAUGGUAUAUGUUGGUUUACCCUGGAGCAGGUCAGGUUUUUGGACCAUCUGCUCAGCAAAAGGAUCUUUAUGAACAAGCAAUGGUUCCAAUUGUGAAUGAGGUUUUAGAAGGCUUUAACUGUACCAUUUUUGCAUACGGGCAAACUGGUACUGGAAAAACAUACACAAUGGAAGGUGAAUGCAAAAGAUCAAAGACUGGAUCUAAUGGAGAAUUGCCUUCAGAGGCGGGAGUCAUACCUAGAGCUGUUAAGCAAAUUUUUGAUACACUCGAGAGUCAGAAUGCAGAAUAUAGUGUAAAAGUUACCUUCUUGGAAUUGUACAACGAAGAGAUUACUGAUUUGCUUGCCCCAGAGGAAAUUUCGAAAGUUGCUUUGGAGGAUAGGCAAAAGAAGCAGUUGCCUCUUAUGGAAGAUGGAAAAGGUGGGGUUCUUGUAAGAGGCCUGGAGGAAGAAAUUGUGGCCACUGCUAGUGAGAUAUUUACUUUGCUUGAAAGAGGAUCUGCAAAGCGUCGCACUGCAGAAACCUUGUUGAACAAGCAAUCAAGUCGUUCCCAUUCUCUAUUUACCAUUACAAUUCACAUCAAGGAAGCAACACCAGAAGGUGAAGAACUAAUCAAAUGUGGGAAGCUGAAUUUGGUUGAUUUAGCAGGCUCAGAAAACAUCUCCCGCUCUGGUGCUAGGGAUGGUCGUGCAAGGGAGGCUGGUGAAAUUAAUAAAAGUUUACUUACUUUGGGGAGAGUUAUUAAUGCUCUUGUGGAGCAUCUUGGUCAUGUUCCUUACAGGGAUAGUAAGCUCACUCGCUUACUUCGUGAUUCGCUGGGGGGGAGAACCAAGACUUGCAUUAUUGCCACUGUUUCUCCAGCCGUUCAUUGUCUGGAGGAAACCUUAAGUACACUGGAUUAUGCACACAGGGCCAAAAAUAUCAAAAAUAAGCCUGAGGUUAACCAAAAAAUGAUGAAAUCAACUCUUAUAAAGGAUCUAUAUGGUGAAAUUGAACGACUUAAGGCUGAGGUGUAUGCUGCUCGUGAGAAGAAUGGUGUCUAUAUUCCAAAGGAGCGAUACCACCAGGAGGAGAGUGAAAGGAAGGCCAUGGCUGAGCAGAUUGAACAAAUGGGGGUUGUUCUGGAAAAUAAUCAGAAGCAAGUUGAAGAGUUGCAGGAUAAAUAUGUUGUCCAAGUCCGUCAAUGCUCUGAUUUAAGCCACAAACUUGAAGUGACUGAGAAAAACUUGGAUAAUACCAAAACACUACUUGUUAACACUGAAGAAGAGUUGAAGAAGUGCUGCUUUGCCCUGAAGGAGAAAGAUUUCAUCAUAUCUGAGCAGAAAAAGGCUGAAAAUGCUCUGGCACAUCAAGCGUGUGUCUUACAGUCUGAUUUGGAGAAAGCUCUUAAGGAUAAUGCUUCAUUAUUUCUGAAAAUUGGAAGAGAAGACAAGCUAAAUGCCGAUAACAGGGCUGUGGUUAACAAUUACCAGAUUGAAUUAGCAGAACAAAUUGGUUCUCUUUGCAACAUAGUGGCCUCCUCUAUGUGUCAGCAAAAUGAACACCUUCACUUUGUGGAGAAGCUCUGUCAAUCUUUUUCGGACACACAUAAUAAGGCGGUCUUGGGUAUGAAGAAGAAAGUUAGAGCCGCAAAGGCUUUAUACAUUUCACACAUGGAGGCAGUCCAAAAUAUUGUUCGUUUGCACAAGGCAAGCUCCAAUGCUGCCUUGGAGGAAAUAUCAAUGGUAGCUUCAUCAAAUGCGCGGUCUAUUGAAGAGCUUUUAGAAUCAGAGGCUGGUGAAGCAACUUCAAUAUUCGGUGAUCUUCAGCGCACUAUUGAAUCUCAUCAGGGAGAAAUGGCUGUUUUUGCAAGGGAACUACGUCAGAGGUUCAAUGUAAGUAUUGAGCAAACAAAGGACAUUUCUGAGUAUACCAGUGAGGUUCUUCAUAAGAUUUUAGAAGAGUCAACAAGGCUUCAGAAUCAUGCAACACAAGCGAGUGAAGUUCAAAUGAAGAGCAUUGCUAGCUUUCAGAAGACUUAUGAGGACCAAUCAAAAUCUGGUGCAGAAAAGCUUAUUGCCGAUAUGACAAAUCUUGUCUAUAACCAUAUUCAUCGUCAGCAAGAACUGGUAAAUGCAAGGCUUGUUGAUAUGAAGGAAAGUGCUAUUGCGAACAAAACAUUUUUGGAUACCCAGGUUUCCUCAAUGGAGGAUAUUACAACAGAUGUGAAACGGAAGUGGCAAGCAUUUGCCACACAAGCAGAGAAUGAUGCUAAAGAUGGUGCUGACUAUUCUGCUGCUAAACAUUGUCGUAUGGAGGAACUCCUACAGCAAUGUGUGAGUACAGCCGAAUCAGCUUUCAAGCACUGCAAAGGUACCCACGAAUCAGUGAGUGAGAUGGGCAGUAAACAUGCUUCAGCAAUAGUAUCACUUGCAAGAAAUGCUUCUGAUAUAAACGAGCAGCAUGAUACUGAGAUUGAUAGUGCCAGGGUUACAGCUGAGCAAGAUGUGGCGAAGAAUAGUGAAGACGCAAUUCAGCACAUUGAUUGUGUGUCAAAACAGGAGCAACAAGCAAUAUCUGAAAUAUUGGAUACAGUCAAAGCACAUACGAAAACCCUUGAGACUUUCCAGAAUGAUCAUUCAUCUCAAGCUACAUCCAUAAGGGAGGGGGCAGAAGAAACAUUCCAACAGAGAUAUAUGGAUUAUGAGCCAAGUGGGACUACUCCAAUAAGAAGUGAGCAGGAUGUUCCUAGCAAGGGGACUAUUGAGUCAUUAAGAGCCAUGCCAAUGGAAUCUCUGGUUGAAGAAUUCCGAGAAAAUAAUUCGUAUGAAUCAUUUGAGUCUAAGGAAUUGAAGCCGUCCGUGAUACCACGGUCACCCCUUUCUCGAAUCAACUGAUAUUGGUCUUGUCAUCCUUGGUAUGAUUUUUCUCUGAAUUUCAUCUGUAUCAUUAGUGUAUACCUUUGAUCUGUUAUCAUCAUCUUCCGAAGAUUUCAAGAAGCAUGCAGUAGUGGGGCUCGAGUAUCAAUUGCUUGUUCAAGAUCUAGUAUACAAAUAAUCCCUUCUCAGGAUUUGGUAGCUUGUAGCUUAAGUAGAAAUGUAAAUUGUGCCACAACCCCACAUUCAGGGUUAAGUUCUAUUUAGUAUUCAAAGAUCAUUGGUCUCGCUCCCUUUGUAAUGAAUUACAUUUUUGUUUACAUCAAAGAAAAAAAUUAGAACUUU